GCUCAAUUUAACAGAUCGUUCAAAAUAGCUCACUAGCCCAAACGUGCUAAUUUACGUGAAAAUUUAUCUAUUUCUCGCUCAACAAUGGCAGAAUCUGACUGGGACUCCGUAACAUACUUAAAGAAAAGGGCGCCAAGGGCCGCUGAAAUGCGUUCAAAACAGGCAGUAGCCAGUGCUCAGAGACACGGAGAGGGUAUUGACACAUCCAUAAAAUAUGGGGCAGGUGGAAACAAACAACAUUCUACAAACAGAGAUACAGCGAAGCUUGACCGCGAAACAGAAGAAUUACAUCAUGAGAAAGUCUCCCUUGACGUCGGCAAGCUUAUACAGCAAGGAAGAGUGGAAAAAAAAUUAACACAAAAGGAACUUGCAACAAAAGUGAAUGAAAAACCACAUGUGAUAAUGGAGUAUGAACAAGGCAAGGCGAUACCUAACAACCAAGUCCUGGGGAAGAUUGAAAGAGCUAUCGGCAUCAAGCUACGUGGAAAAGAUAAAGGGAAACCUAUGGAGAGCAAGGGGAAAAAGUAACAGACAAUGAAAUGGUUUUUCUUCUGUCUAAUUGAAGACUAAGCCAAAAACACACAGAAUUGAUGUGAUAAUGUUGUCAAGUCACGUAUUGAUGUAUGUAAUGUUUCUCUGUAAUGCUUGUAAAUGUUAUUAAUAAAUAUAUCUUCUAUGCGAAA